AUGCUGGAAAUAAAUCUAAAUCGAACUGAUUUUGCGCAAGUCGGGACGACGAGUCGGAAUUGUAUGCGGGUAAUUCCCGUUGACAAGGCUGAAUUGCGGAAAAAGGGCCGUGGCUUGGACAAGGCGAGUUUGUGCAUCUUGUUUGUUCAGAUAGUUGUCGGCAGCCAAAAUGGAUGCAUAAUUUGCAUAUGCCGAAAGCAUAAUGACACUCAAAUUGUGUAUAAAACUCUUCCUGGCCCACCAAUCGAGGCUGUAUGCCUAGGAGGAGCGUUAGGGACGGUACAAGACAAGGUUUUCGUAGCUGCCGAAAAUGCCGUCCGCGGCAUCAGCAAGAAGGGCAAACAGUUUUUCAAUUUUGAAACAAAUAUGGCCGAGCAUGCCAAGAAAAUGUUUAUCUAUGGCGUUGAUUUGGUAUUGUGUGGAAAGAAGAGUUAUAAUCACUAUCAUGAUUGUGUCGAUACAAACUACGUAUUAUGCAAUGAGGAAAUUCACGAUGUGGUAGUGCUUACAACGGAAGGCGCAUGGGGUAGUAGAGGGUUCAGUGCUGUUCUUGCUUGCAAUGACAGUACGAUUAAGGUGGUCGAGGGCUCGAAGGUUGAUUACGAAAUUCCGAUUAAUGACAUCCCUUAUACACUAUAUUUAUUUAAUGGUGAUGGAGGAUACAAUCAUCAAAUGGUACUUUAUGGGACCAAAGGAGGUCGGCUUGGACUUGUCGAAGUUCCGGCUGGCUCUGGGAAUGUUCUCUGGGAGAUUGAAACUAGUUCAGCGUCUCCAAUUACUUGUAUGACGUCAUAUGCAUUGUCCGGGAAUACGGUACCCGAUGUGAUUAUAGGGAAAGAGGAUGGAUUUGUAGAGCAAUGUGAUGAGAGCAUUACUGGACUGAGUUGCGGUCGAGUUUCAAAUGAAGAUGUAGAUGAAAUUAUCGUGUGUACCUUUACCGGUUGGCUGUUCUCCCUGAGUCGUCAAGCCUUUGGCGCGCCAGCCGCGCCUAAUGAAAAGGGCAAGCUUCCACCAACCCAGCCCAUCCAUGUGAAAGUGCAACAACUAAAGAAUGAGCUAGAUGAGCUCGAAGCAAAAGUAACUGAAGAACGGAACCGCUAUGAAGAGCUAACAAGGAAGGGUGGCAAAACGACAGCUUUUGUUCCACAUUUUCAGGUUCACGACAGCUUCGCGUUCAACAAUCAUUAUGGCUGCUACGUGCUUUGCCUGGAACUUGUCAUCCCAAUCGACUAUGUAGUCAUACAGAGCGAAGUUCCCCUAAAACUUAUCGAGGCCGAUAAAAAUACAGCCGUAAUUUCCCACACCGACCCUGAAGGUAGUGGCGGCUGGAAAAUAAUGGCAACCUAUCGGUGCCAGGCCAACACUACACGAAUCGAGCUGCGUAUUCGCGUGGGCGACGGUCUUUCCGGAGAUUUGCGUGUGUUCGUCUGCCCGAAAAUCCACCCAAAGAUGUGCCAGUCCCGUCUCUACGAGAUAAAGCCACUCGCCACCUAUGGAAGGUCGGUUGUUAAUGGGGGGACUCAACUUCAAGUUGUAUACAGCCGCGGUUCCAUCGAAUUCCUCUCGGACUCGAUGUCGGCAAUUGCCAUCAUUCGCGAAAAUAUCAGCGAAGAGUUGACGCGGCGUCAGAUUAAAGCCGCAACACGAUGUCAAUUGGACGAAAAGAGCGUCAACCAUUGUCUGCAACUCUUGCACCCAAAAAUCGCCGAACUACACGAAAUUGAGCGGCGCCAAAAGUUUAUCAUGGCUCUGAAGGAACUUGAAGCAAACAACGAGCAAAUCAACGAAUGGCUUUGUGAUGAAUACAAAGCUAUGCUCAAAACCCAAGGAGCCAUCCUGGAGCAAGCCCGAGAUGAGCCAAUUGAAGAUAAUUAUAUCAUCGGCGUUUACGAGGAUCUACUGAUCUACCGCGGUGUUCUAAAUGGCUACAAUGCGCGUGGCCGAAUCCCGGCUUUGCAUGAGCUUUUGCUGCGGGAUUAUACCCUGGAGAAUGUCAAGGAAUUCUUCAGCAUCGACAAGCCG